GCCUAAAAUUCCAUUAGUGCAGCUUAUGUCAUGUCAUAACCGAUACACAGGUCUUAUACGUUCGAGUUCGAUUCCCCCAUCCAAUAACUUUCCAUUUUAAAAGGGUAUUUUACCAUAUAAUUAGGAAUAGAAGACUAGAAUGGACAUUAACCUUCAUUAAUAGGAUCUCUAAGGCUUUUACUUUGACAGACAGUUCCGGGACUCGUGGCCUUAUGGCCGUUCUUAGCGCUGCAUAGAAACCGAGACACACAGAUUUGGAUCAGCGUCACACAAUUUGCGGAUGGAUUGAUUAUUGGAUAAAUCAUUGAGGGAAAAUUAUGGCGAAUGAAAAGUUCAUUGUCGUGUGCACAGUUUCUCUGACAGUUUUGUUUAGUAUAGCUACGGUAUCAGCCUUCGUUGAAGAGCUCGAUGACACGUUUAAAGACACAAGAAAGCCUGAUGAGAUAUGGCUGAUUGAAUUUUACGCACCCUGGUGUACCGAUUGCAAGCUGUUGGACCCAGUGUGGUACGAAAUCGGGGCGGAGCUGAAAAGUAUAGGGUCUCCAGUCAACGUUGGCAAGGUCGACGCAGACAUCCACACCAGUUUCGCAAAAGAGUUUCGAGUUACUGACUAUCCCGCUAUAAAGAUGUUGAAGGAUGACUUGAAAUACACCUACAGAGGUCCUAGAACCAAGGAUGGCAUCAUGGAGUUUGCAGAGAGAGUAUCUGGACCUGUGGUGAGAUCACUGCCAAGCCAGCUGUUGUUUCAGAAUGUUAUGAGUAGACAUGACGUACUCUUUGUCUACGUUGGUGGGCCGUCCGACUUGAAGGAGAAGUACUUAUCUGUAGCCAAGGAAUUGAUUGUUCAUACCUACUUCUUCUCUGCUGCAAGGAACAUUUUACCCAAGGCAGUUACUCUCGAGGAAUACCCGGCUGUGGCAGUGUUCAAGGAUGGCACUUACUUCCUUUAUGAUGGUAAAAGACCAGAGUUGCAUUACAAUCCCAAGCGGGAAAAAAUACUUUAUUCAUAUAUUUGUAAUUUAUAGAAGUAUGUCAGUGAUAAAUAUUUCUUUGUAUAUUUAAAAUGAUCUAAAUUGGAACAGCUUUAAAUAUAUUUAAUACAUUUAAUGUCCACUUUAUAAGUGUUUAUUAGGAUU